CAGAUGUCAGCAGAGUUUCUCAAUCUGUCACUUUACUAGGUGGAGUGCUCUUGAUGAAGGAAGGAGAAACUGGACACAGCCACCAUGAUUUUUUGACAACUCCCGUGCCUGACUUCCGAUGAACACUUCAUCCGUUAGCGUAUUGCUACUUUUUUUUAACCGUUAUACCUGUUCGCUGCUCUCGGCGUUAUUUGACAACUGUGGAACCAACAACACCCACUUGAGAAGAAGUUACCAUGCUAACCACAGUUAGCUGCUGCUAUUUGACGUAGCUAUGUUUUCUAUGCUAGACUUGAAACGGCCAGCGAAAAGAGCGCUGAUUUCAUUGUAAAGGAUACUUUUUUUUGUUUUAGCUAUAAAGUAAGCGGCAUUUUGACCAGUUUCCUGUGCUUGAAAACGAAGCUAUCAAUCUGUCAGAAAAAAUGGGACUACACCCGCUGGAGUUUAGUGAAUGCUAUCUGGACAGCCCCAGCUUCAGGGACAAAAUAAAGGCACACGAAGCAGAGUUGGACAAAACUAACAGGUUUAUCAAAGAGCUGUACAAGGAUGGGAAGAACCUCAUCAGUGCAACAAAACAGCUUGGAAUGGCACAGCGAAAGUUUGCCCAGUGCCUGGGAGAAUUUCAGUUUGAGUACAUCGGAGAUGCAAAGACAGACGAUGAGAAAUGUAUUGAUGAGUCUUUGCAAGAGUUCUCCAUAUUCCUCAAAAACCUAGAAGACCAAAGAGAGCUGAUGAUGAGAAACAUCACAGAAACUUUAAUGAAACCCCUCGAGAAGUUCAGGAAAGACCAUCUUGGUACAGUAAGGGCGGAAAGAAAGAAGUAUGAGAAAGAGACAGAGAAAUACUACAGCUCUCUGGAAAAGCUUCUGAAUAUGUCAGCAAAGAAGAAGGAGCCACAGCUACAAGAGGCAGACACCCAGGUGGAAAUCAUGAGGCAGCACUUUCAGGAGGAGUCACUGGACUAUGUGUGCAAACUGCAGGAGAUCCAAGAGAGAAAGAAGUUUGAGUGUGUGGAGCCGAUGGUGGCCUUCUUUCAGACAGUCUUCACUUUUUAUCACCAGGGCUUCGAGCUUGCCAAGGACUUUGAUCAUUAUAAAAGAGCACUGCAGAUCAAUAUUCAGAAUACAAGGAAUCGAUUUGAGGGUGCGCGGUCAGAGGUGUAUGAGCUGAUGAAGAGGAUCAGGGAGACACCCCAAGAAUACAGACAGACCAGCCCCAUUAGUUGUGAAGGCUACCUCUAUGUACAGGAAAAACGGCCACCUCCCUUCGGUUCCAGUUGGGUCAAACGCUACUGCACAUUUGUUAAAGAGCAGAAGAUCCUGCACAUGGUGACCUUUGACCACAGAUCUGGAGGGAAAAUUGGUGAGACUGAGUCUGUCACGCUCAAGUCCUGUGUUCGCAAAACGACUGACAUGUUGGACAGGAGGUUCUGUUUAGACCUCGACAUAACCGAUCGGCCAGGCACGGUGCUCACAGUACAGGCUCUGUCAGAGGAUGACCAUAAGUUCUGGAUGCAGGCCAUGGGUGGGAAGGAACCUAUUGGACACUACCUUGAGAGAACUUAUUCUAAAGAAAGAGGAAUUGAUGCCCAGCUGGAUGACGUGGGUAUGAGUUUUGUGAAGAACUCCAUCAGCGCCAUAGAGACAAGAGGUAUUAAUGACCAAGGCUUGUACAGAGUUGUUGGGGUAAGCUCCAAGGUCCAGAAGCUCCUCUCAUUAAUGAUUGAUGAGAAGAGCAAUGAAGUGGAUCUGUCUACCAGCGUGGACUGGGACGUUAAGACAAUAACAAGUGCACUGAAGCUUUAUCUGAGGAGCCUUCCUGAGCCAUUGAUGACCUAUGGACUUUACAAAGAGUUCAUCAGCCCUGCAAAGGGUGGUAGUCCAGAGUCUCGCAUCCAAGCCGUCCACUGCCUGGUCCACAAACUCCCGGAGAGGAAUCGACAAGUCCUCGGGCUGCUUAUGAAGCAUCUGGCCAAGGUGGCGGCUCACAGCAAACAGAACCUGAUGACCGUGGCCAACCUGGGUGUGGUGUUUGGCCCCACAUUAAUGAGGCCACAGGAGGAGACUGUUGCUGCCAUCAUGGAUCUCAAGUUCCAGAACAUUGUGGUGGAAAUCCUCAUUGAACACCAUGAAAAGAUCUUUGCAGAUGCUCCAGAGUCAUGCCCUCUUUCACCUGCUGCCCCAGUAUUCCCCGCUCCCACAAGGCAGUCUAAGAAGCUGAAUCGACAGAAUCGGCCCCUGGCUGUCUACAAUCCACAAGCCCUAGACAUUCAGAAUGUGUCACCAGUGGCAGAUUGUUCCAGCCUAGCUACAGAUGAGACAUCAAUGGGAAGCAAUGAGUCUGUAUCGUCCCAGUCAUCGUCAGCGUCAGCCUCAGAGAUGCCUACAGAGAGGAGUGACCAUACCCCGCUUAACUCCAGCCUCAGCUCAGGCAGCAACUCCAGAGCCACAGCAGGUUCGUCGUCCACUCCUGGACCUUCAGGAGAGAGCCCACCUGCUGCCAACACACCUGCCUCGGAUAAAGAAAAGCCAGAGGAGAGUGUCACCAGCAGGAAAGCCAAGGCAGUGUACCCAUGUGAGGCUGAGCACGACUCUGAGCUCUCCUUCCAGGUCGGUGCAAUAUUCAACGCCGUGACCCAGUCAAGAGAGCCGGGCUGGCUGGAGGGGGAGCUGGAGGGAAAGAGGGGCCUCAUCCCUGAAAACUAUGUGGAGAUGCUGUAGCCCCACUUGGAAAUAUUUAUGGACAAGUUAUCACCUUCACUGGGAAAAGUGUGUAGAGAUGCAUGUGUCGCAACUCAAAUUCACAGUAGAGCCUUGUUUAUCCAAACCCCCCUGAAUUCUCUCAAGCAAGCAAUGUAUGUUAUUAGUGAUGGACUAUCCUUGAUACACAAGUAUAUCCAUUUUAGCUGACGAGUAGACUUUGUGAUGUAUGUACGAGCAUGUUUCUUCGUUUGUAUUAACAUGAAUUUCAGCAUUGUAAUUCCAAAAUGGGUUUGCACUUACAAUGUUCUGCUGUAUACAAAGAUGCUGUAGCCUCUAAACACUCGGGUAACUUUGUAGCAGCAGCAGAGGGCGAGCGUCUCUCUGCGGAAGACCUCACUCUCUCCUCUGCCCCGUUAUACAUGGUAUCCAUGAGCUGCCAAGUCAAAGAAUGAUCCUCAGAAACUCUAAGGUAGAAUGUCUGCACUCAAAUCACUGUGGCUUUUCACCUUCUUGACAAUGAUGCACGCAAAUUAGUUUUCAGCUGUUAAAAGAUAAGCCAUACCUCUGUGCCUUAACCACCGGAACACCUAGUGUAAAUGUCUGUACAGGUAUGUAUGAAACUGAAUUGGAGUGUUACUGCUUUCACUUAUAAAAUGUUGCAUUCAUAUGCCAUUUUAAGAUUAUUUAGAUAUUGAAAAUGAGGCACAUUGCGACUAUAAUUUUAUUUUAUUUAAUUGGCACAAUGAUUGCAUGACUUUUGAAUUUUGAACACACUCUGUACUUUUGUUCUUGGUGCACUCCUUUACAGAAAAACGCCUCUUUGAUGCUCAAUCAACCUUCUUGUGUUAAACACUAGCAUCAGACAGAUUCAACGGAGGUAAAUUUCAAUAGAUGGUAAUGAUUGAAACCAAGUGUUUUUCUUGUCAAAUUAUAUGUUUUGUUUGUUUUAAACUUUUUUUUUUUUAACGUUGCUCAGUUUCCUCUGAGCAGAGAAAUGAGACACUCCCACAAAGUUGAAAUUUUAAUUUUAAUUUUAGCGUUAUUUUGUCUUCAACUUCAGUGGAACAAGGGAUUAGAAGUGUUAUUAUCAGUAUCCAUUCACUGUAUAUAGCCUAAAAGAGUUGUGACUGCCAAGUAUAUUAUACAAGUCUCCGUUAAGUGAUGGACAGGUUUUAAGUUUUCAUUGGACUGAUUUUAGCUUGUAUGGACAUCACAUUAGAUUAAACCCCAAGACACUUCAAUUUUUUUGAGAGAUUCAGUUCUGCAGAUUGUUAGUGUUUUCAGUUGCGGUUUCAAUAAUUUAAAGACAUUUGAUUUAUGAUGUUUGUAAAGGGCUUUGACUUCUUUCAUUUUUAUACCUUUGGGUAUCCUCUUGAUCAAUGUUAAACAAAUAAAGAUUUUUUUUGUUCGUUA